AUGCAAGAGGUAUUAAAUGGAGAGGAUGGAGAAGCUGGAGAGAAUGGAGAGAAUGGAGAGAAUGGAGAGGAUGGAGAGGAAGGAGAGGAUGGAGAGAAUGGAGAUAAUGGAGAGAAUGGAGAGAAUGGAGAGAAUGGAGAGGAUGGAGAGAAUGGAGAGAAUGGAGAGGAUGGAGAGGAUGGAGAGAAUGGAGAGAAUGGAGAGGAUGGAGAGGAUGGAGAGAAUGGAGAGAAUGGAGAGGAGGGAGAGGAUGGAGAGAAUGGAGAGAAUGGAGAAGAUGGAGAGAAUGGAGAGAAUGGAGAGAAUGUAGAGAAUGGAGAGGAUGGAGAGGAUGGAGAGAAUCGAGAGGAUGGAAAGGACAGAGACUGUAGAUAA